AUGCUCGAAACAAAUUUUGACGACUUCCUACUGCCAGUGGAAAACACUAUCUCCAACGAUGAAAUGAUAAGCGGCGGCGUGGUCCGAGAUUCGCCUUCAAAAAGAUUCGGGUUUGUUUCUGAUAUUUCAACAUAAUUAGUCGUUGAAAUGUAGAGUUCUUCUCAGUGAGCGGAAUCUCGUAGCGCCGGAGUCUCCAGAUAUGAAGUUCGCGCGCAAUCGACUUGGAAAUCUGCUAACAAGCAUAAAACAUGGAGAAUCGAUCAGUGGGUCAAUGGAUCUCGGGUUUUUUGAGCUUGAAAAUGGUUGGAGAAUUGAACUCUGAGCAAUUUUCAGCGUGGUAGAUAUCGAAGAAAGGAUCACGGGGAGACAAAGGAGGUUAGAAGAGCUGGAGGACAAACGCGUCGUUUUCCAACUUCGAGGGAAGCCGUUUUGCCUGACAGACGGCCGGACAGAGACCUGUUACGCGUUGAGCCGCGCUUGGGUCCGCGGAGAAACUGCCGACAACGUCUACCAAGAGAACAAGCACCGCGAAUACGCGCCCGAUCUACCCACGGUACUGUGAAAAGGAAAUGGUAGAAAGUUUGAACAGUUAUUGAGGAAAACUUUCAAAAUUUAUUGAAUAAAGCAUUCACUAGCUUUCGAUGUAGCCAACGCCUCAAAAGUCUCCUGACUGUGUGAGAAACUAAAAUUCAAAAGCGUUAGUUCUCAAAAAAGCAAGUUUUGCGGGGUACUUCUAGUAAAUCAAGAAGUUUUUCAGGUAGUUAUUGAAACUUCUUAAGCUCCUAGUAAAUUGAAUUCCAUCGUUUAAACUUUGGAAAACCCAUUGGGCAAACUAAACAAAACUAUUAUGCAGAAAGAAAUUCUAGAUUUUGCUUAUAGAUCUUAACAUUCAGAAUAUUUCCUAGACGUGUCUAAGCACUGAAUUUCCAUAGAAUGAUAGCGAUCGGAGCAAGGUUUUCAAAAGUAAUAGAAAGCAUAUCGAUCUUGCGGCAUCGAACUAGCGAUCCUGUAGACCCUGAAAAAGUGUCUGCAGUUAAAAUAAAUUUUCUCCGAAUAGUUUCAUGAAAAUGAGAAUGAAAAUUUUCAAGAAAAAAGUUGGAGUUACAUUUUUUUAAAGGCAUAGGGGCAGUAAAAAACGGUGUUUCAGUUCAAAUCAGUACUUUGUAGAGCUUUUCAUUUCGAAUCGAACGGUGACAUUGGAAACGUACAGAAGUUCCUAGUUUUGGAGAAAAAAUAAUUCAAAGUUGGAGAGAGGAAAGCUUGAGUUCCCGCGAAAAGGGCACUUUGCAGUAAAGUUGCUCUAUGGACAACAGGCUUCGCCAUCUUCCGGAUUUUCGCUUUUUUCUUCGUUUCUUUCAAUUUUCGAUUUUUUCUCUUGUCACCAAAGUUCUUUUCGUCACAAAAGUUUUCUAUUCAUAUAUAAUUUGCAAACUUUGAUCGCAAAAAUGCUUCUCUGGUGAAAAAUGAUGAUUUUACACAGGUUUCGAUGGGGAUAGCGAUAUUUUGUGUUUUCUUAAUUAUCAAUGUGUGUUUUCUGUUUUCUUAAUUGAUUUUCCAGAGCAGAACCCUUAAUUUGUAGCAGAUAUCCGUUUAUUUCACACAAAAUGCGAGUCUAAUGAGACGUCCGCAACAUCGCGUGCACGGCUACUGUAAACAUUUGUCCGUAUGCCGAUCCAAAGCAUUUUUCAAAAUUAAAGGCGGAAAAGUUAAUGCCGUGUUCAAAGUAAUUUCCGCGAAAUGCAAAAUACCCGUUAGAGAAAGGAAAAGAUCACUAAAUUUUGAAAAGUCAGAGAUCAUUUUGCAUUUCGCGGAAAUUACUUUGAACACGGCAUAAAGGCGGAAAAAUCGUGUUUUUCUUCUAAAUUUGUCACAUCUGUAAUUUUUUGAGUACACCAUUCGAUUCGCAAAGAAAAACUGUAUAAGAUACUGCUUUCACCUGAAACCCCAUUUUUUACUGCCUCUAUGCCUUUAAAUAAAAUUUCAAUAGUCUGUGAUUAUAGUUUUUAGUUUUUUUGAACAUGAGUUGAUCAUGAAAAUGUUUGCAGGAAGUUCUCGCGACGCGAGAGAUCACGGCGAUGCCAAUGCCUGAUCCGCAGAACCACCAUAUCCCGUUGAUGCCGCUCAUACAUCGACAAAGCAACGAGAAAAUCAACGCGGAUAAUGCCAGAGAGUUGAAAAAUGACCAUGUACGGCACUGGAAAAGAGUCAAGAGAAGGUACCUGACUUCCAUUUUUCCCCAAUGUCUCCUUCAAGUUGGUGUGCGCAUACGAGAAAACGCGAAGAGCGGUUCAAACGAAGCGAGGAACUCUUGGAGGCGAUGUUCAAUUGCUGA